CAGGAUCUAUUGCCUCUGGAGGGCAGUAUAUGUUCCAUGUUCAUCAUUUCUGUUUCUUCCCUUUUAGUCAAGGAAACCUCCUCAAAGACAGAAAUGUGUUGUCCAUAGCUGGAUCAGAGGUCCCUAUCCAUAUCUUUUUAAAGCUUCACUGUCAACUGAAGCAGAGCUGAUGACGUCUCCCACUCUGUAGAUGUCAUGACAACCAAUGGUCUGUGGUAAAAUAACACUCAGAUAUUAACUACAGACUACAAACAGGGGGCACUCCAUGAUCUGCCUCUAUCAUGACACCCAGUGGUAAGGUUUGGACUUGAAGAUUAAGCUUAAAAUGGAUGUGGAUGUGAAUGUGAAUGUAUGUGAGAGUUAUCCGCCUCAGUCAAACUAACAGUGGAGAAUGGAGAUAGAAGACACAUCCAAUGACUUACUAAUGCUCAUUUGAUGGAGGGUGCUCAAAGUCACACAUUUUUUUGUGAUUAUAUUUUUAAGUUCUGCCCAUCUAGCAAAUUUUCUCGAGCAUGACUGGUGUUUAUUGUUUCUCCGUUACAGUCAGUCAGUUACAAUGGAAGUUUCUAGAAAGACAAAUUCACAGUGAUACAGUUUCCCCCCAAAAUGAGCUCCUAAUUAUUCUUCAUACAUCACACGUUUACAUAAAUAUUCAGAACCUAAAACGGUCUUCACUGAGAGGAAAAAAAAUAAUGAGUCAAAACCAUAAUUCAACACCUUUGCUCUGUUGGCAUCCAACAUCAAACACUGACAAGUAAAACCUGAUACUAACACAGUAGUGGCCAAAGCCUGAAAAACAUCUUUAUCAAGAUGAACUGGAAUAGAAGCUUGAUAAUGGAUUAUUGUGUUCACUUUACUGACUGUAGCUACUUAUGGUGUUGGUAUUUUGUUUAAUUCACAGUGGUUAUCCCAUGUUUGUUGGCAGUGUACUGCCUGGACUCAGUCAGAAGCAAAGUCUGGCCUGUUGUACGUUCACUUUAAAAGAUUGACCGAAUAAUGUAGUGGCCCUGUUUUCCCCAAUGAUGAGUAAUAAUCAAUGAGUUUAUCCAGAGCAAACAUAAUCUGCCGGGACUAACUGCGCUCCACAGGGAUGUUUUUUUUUUUAUUCCAAGUAUCAGAAAGAUAAGUUGACCUUCAACACAUCAACAGCAGCUUUACAAAAAACGAAAGUAUCUGCACGCUGACACUUAUCAACAGAAUCACAGCGAUUACAUGUGUCUGCCUGUUACACAAGAAACGAGGAGGGAGAAAACUCAUCUGAAAAGUGAGCCAUGGCGGCUGAUCUGGACAUGGUGAACUUGUUCAUCAUUGCGGGGGGAACACUGGCUAUUCCCAUCCUGGCCUUUGUUGCUUCCUUCCUCCUCUGGCCCUCUGCACUCAUUAAAGUGUAUUACUGGUACUGGAGGAGGACUCUAGGCCUACAGGUGCGCUAUGCAGACUGCGGUGGUUAUCGCUUUUGUUACGCCUACAGAGGAAAGCCUGGGAUGAGACCCUCCAUUUUGAUGCUGCAUGGCUUCUCUGCUCACAAAGACACAUGGCUCACUGUUGUCAAGUAUCUACCAAAACAUCUGCACAUUGUGUGUGUGGACAUGCCUGGUCAUGAGGGAACAACACGCACCAACACAGAGGAUUACUCUAUUCAGGGGCAGGUCAGAAGGAUCCAUCAGUUUGUGGAAACCAUUCGUUUAAACAGGAAACCUUUCCAUGUGGUUGGAACCUCCAUGGGGGGAAAUGUAGCUGGGGUUUACGCAGCCUGCUACCCUUCAGAGAUCUGUAGCAUGACUCUCAUUUGUCCAGACGGUAUAAGACACCCAUGUGAGACCAAAUUUGACAAUCAUCUGCAGGACCUGAAGCACAGCAAUUACACAUUAAACAUACCACUGAUCCCUACUACACCAGAGGAGAUGGAGGACAUGUUCAGACUUUGUUCUCAUGUUCGCUUUAAAAUCCCUCAGCAGAUUCUGCAAGGACUGGUAGAUGUUCGGCAGCCUCACAACACAUUUUAUGAAGAAGUAUUUAUGGAGAUUGUUGGUGAGACAUCAAGAUAUGCCUUACAGGAGCACUUACAUCUGAUCACUGCACCUUUACAAGUGAUUUGGGGCAAAAAAGACCAGGUGGUGGAUGCCUCUGGAGCUACAGUCAUUGCAGAGCUGGUCCCUGGAUGCAGAGUGGACCUGCUGGAGAAUUGUGGACACUCUGUGGUGAUGGAGAGGCCUUGUCGGACAGCCAAACUCAUCCUGGAGUUCAUCAUCUUGCAGCAAGAUGCCAGGGGUGGCACAAAGAAAUCUUCCUGAACUAGCUAGACGUGUAAUAAUCUCUUUCCACUGCAAUGCUUCACAUGUCCCUUGUACGUGACAUGCAUAUUUAAACAGAUGUAGGCCUAUAGCUUCAAAAAAUGGACAGAAAGCAAUGUUUAUAGUGUUCUACAUUUCUUAGAAAAUGUAACGCAUUUAAUUUGUAAUAUAAACUGCAUCAUGAUAAUAAAAGUCCCGUGCAUUUACCUAUG